GCCUUGGUGCGGCCCCUUGUCGUCGACGAGGCGGUCAACGACGAGGGUGCCACGAUCGCCCUCGGCACCGCGGAAGGUUGGACCCACCUGUACUACUGCGGGCGCUUCUUCGGAACCGACAUCAUCCCCGGCUCUGACGGCAGGUGCGGGCCCGCGGACGGCCCGCAGUGCCCCUCCUGCAGGCGGUACCGGGACAGGCUGCCAGAUGCCUGCGGCAGCGUUGAGGCGCCCUCCGCGGCGAGCUCCUCGGCGGCGGACUUCGGCGCCCCCAGCUGCGAGAGUACCGCGCCGUCGCUGGCGGAGUGCCCCGCCCAGGCCGGAGGCGCGCAGGCCCCGGCCUCGUCGUCGGCAAGCACGCCGAGGGGCCCCGCGGAGGCGGGGGCGCCGCAGGGCGCGGAGGAUCCCGACACGGCCGUCGCCCGGCCGCCCGCCGCACCACCGUCGAGCACUGUGACCGUGAGCACCGACGCCUGGCUCAACCUGAGGAAGGAGCGGAACGAGCGCGAGCGUCACAUCAAGGUCCUGCAGGCGCAGGUGAACACGGCUCAGCAGGAGCUCGCGGAGCUUGCCCGCGUGCGCGCGAAGCUGCGCGAGCAGCGGCAGCUGGCCUUGGAGGCGCGGUGCCGCGGGAAGGAGAUGCACGAGGCAGCGCGCAUGGCCGAGGAGGAGAUGCACACGCUGCGACUGGAGGCGCAUGAGGCCGCCGAGGAGGAGAGGGCCGCCGAGGCGGCCAGGGAGGAGGCCGCUCAGGCAGCGGCCGCGGCCAGGGAGGCGGAGGAGGCCGCUGAGCGGGAGCGGGCGGCGGCCGUGGCGGCGGACUCGGCGGCGCAGGCGGAGGCGGAGGCGGAGAGAGCCCGCUCCAUCGAGUGGCAGCGGCUGCUGUCAGAGAGGGAGACCACUGCGAGGGAGCUGGGCGCCACGCUGCAGCAGAUCGAGGAGCUGGAGCUCACGCUGGAGGAGCCGGCGGAUCGACUUGCAGUUGGUCGAGAAGAGGCGGGAGAAGGACUUGAGCGGCGCAGCCUGCUCGACGCCUUGCGGGAGCUGCGGGGCGGCGCCGAGCCCGAGGGCGGCGCGGGCUGGGAGGAGAGGAGGCCGUGCGCGAGGAGGCCAGCGCCGAGGUGGCGGCGGAGGACGCGGAGCCCCCGUCGCCGAACGGGUUGUCGGCCGAGAAGGAGAGGCGGUACCUGCAGAAGAUCAGCGAGCUCGAGGACCAGAGCUGAUUUCCGGCCUCCGCUCGCAGCUCGCGGAGGUCCAGGCGCGCGAGGCGGCCCUCAACCGCAGCGCCCAGACGAGGGGCGCCGCGCUGCGCUACGCGACCGCUUCGGUCGCGGCUGGCGUGGGCAGCUCGCCCGCGGAGGGUUCGCUCCUGGCGGGCGCGGGGGCGGACUCGCCCUGGGGCGAGCAGCGGAGGUGGCAGGGCCGGGCGGACUUGGAGGGCCUCACGGACAUGCUGGACAGGCUUUUCGUGGAGAACUUCGCCCUCCGAAACGGGAGCCAGCCCGACGCGCCAGCCGGGGGCCUGGCCGGCCCUUCCGGGGGCCCUCCGCGGGGGAGCCCAGCUGGGCCUGCCGAGGCUCCGCCGGCGACGGCUCCGAGAGCCUCCAGAUCUCCGUCGCGGGCCCAGGCCCUCGACCUCAGCCGCUUCGUCAGGGCCGGCGCCGCCUCGGACGACGAGGAGACGGCAGCUCCAGCGGCAGCGGCGGGAGCCCCAGCAGGCGGCGCCGCAUCUCGCCUGCGGCCCCCGCGCCGCAGGCCCGCGGCGGCGGCCCCGCUUCCGCCGCCCCGGCGCGGCCCGCGGGAUCCGCGGCCGAGGGCGAGCCUGGCAGGCCUCUCGCGGAUCCUUACGGCCCGCUGGGCGCGGCAGAGCCGGUUUCGCCACUGCUGCCGGCGCGGCCCCCGCAGUCGCCCCGCUCGCUGCUGCUCAGCGGGCUGGACUUCGCCGCGUUGGGCGUGGCCGAGUGCGACGCCACGGCGGGGGGCGCUGCCUCCAAGCUCGGGGCCAUGCCCAGACGCCUCGGCGCGGCGUGGCUGGCGGCCGCCUGCCUGGUGCAGCUGCCCUGCGGAUGCUCGGCAGGGGCGGAGAAGACCCUCGCGGAGGUGUGCAGGGACGAGGCCAGCUGCAAGUCCCGGCUCGAUGUGGUCACGAAGCGGCUAGACGAAGUACGCACCGAGAUGCAUGGUAAGCAGCUCACGAUCUCGUUGCUCGAGGAGCUCCGCUCUGGGAUCCUCAGUGGGCACCGCAUCGAGCUGCCCUCGGCCCAGCGGCAGCACCUCGAGAAGGGUAGCCCGCUGAUCGGCGAGGUGUCCUUCGACGCCAGGCACCGGCCAGUCUCGACGAACGUCUCGCGCCACUUCACGCACGUGCGGGCGCUGGGCGAGGGGCACGAGAUACGCUUCCACACCUUUAUGCCGUUGAAGAAGCAGUCAUCAGCUGCAGCCGGCGGCAAGGGCGGCGCGUCCGCGCUCAUCGUGGCCGUGACGGCCCAGUCGCAGCUCUUCGUGUACGAUCUGGAGGGCGAGGCCUUGCUGGAGGGCGUGGACCUCGGGCACGCGCCUGGCGCGAAGGUGACGCAAGUGGUGUUGUCGCCCAAUCAGGAGAAUCACUUCGUGCUGACGGCCGCGGACGACGGAGAGAUGCGCGUGCAUACCCUCAAGGUCGUGGCCCGGAAGAAGGCAGCCGGUGGCAGCGCCGGCGAGGCCGGCGAGGACGGGGCGGACGGCAAGUCGGACGGGUGCGCCCGGCGCGGCCUUGGGGUCAAGAGAGGGGCAGGAAGCGCCAGGAAGCCAGGUGCGUGA